CAAUUCUUUCUUCACUCCGUAAAACCCUAGUUCAUCGCUCCUAUAAAAGCGCAGUGAAAUCAUCUUCGUUCUUCCUCUAGGGUUUUCGAAGUCGGUAAUCGAAGGAGCCAUCUCUCUCUCUCUCUCCCUAACAGUCUCAACAGCUCAAAACCAUGUCAAGGAGGAAGGUUAGGGAGCCGAAGGAAGAGAAUGUUACUCUUGGACCCACAGUAAGAGAAGGAGAGCAUGUUUUUGGCGUGGCUCACAUUUUUGCAUCAUUUAAUGACACAUUCAUUCAUGUGACUGAUUUGUCAGGAAGAGAAACACUUGUUCGCAUCACUGGUGGCAUGAAAGUGAAAGCAGACAGGGAUGAGUCUUCUCCAUAUGCUGCUAUGCUUGCAGCACAGGAUGUUUCCCAAAGAUGCAAGGAACUUGGCAUCAAUGCCCUUCAUAUUAAGCUCCGUGCCACUGGUGGAAACAAGACAAAAACACCUGGUCCAGGUGCUCAGUCUGCACUUCGAGCCCUUGCUCGUUCAGGAAUGAAAAUUGGUCGCAUUGAGGAUGUGACUCCAAUUCCUACUGAUAGCACUCGUAGAAAGGGCGGUAGAAGAGGGAGAAGGCUGUGAGCUUUGUGUCAAAGUAAAUACCAUUGUACUUUUUGGUAGUGUUUGGUACUCGCAAUUGGAUGAUGUUGAACUAAAGUUAAUUUUCAUUGUUGAAACUCAUAUGUAGCAGUCACAUUUUACUUUGGCAUGAGGAUUUGAGCUUUCUGUGGUUAAAAGAAUCAAAAGUUUUGAGAGUAUUUCGUUUCUA